UAAAAUAACAUCAAAUUCUAUAGCGACGUGACGCAAACAUACGUGUUUACGCUCUUGCGUCACUGGAGCGCAGCGGAUUAUGGUUAACGGAAGCAAGAUGGCGGAGGUGACAGAUGAGGUGUUUUCUCUCUGAUGGUUGGAAACAGAAGAGCUUAACUUCAUCCUGAGGAGGGAUCAGACAGCAGCAUGGCAGAUGACAACGAGAAACCUGCUGUUGCUCCUCCAGUGUUCGUGUUUGAGAAGGAUAAAACACAAAAGAGGUCAGCUGAGGGAUCCAGCACAGAGGAUGGAGAAGACUCUGAUAAAGAAGAUGGUAGUUACAGCCCUGUUGCCAAAAGAGGAAGAACAUCACCAUUUACACAGUUCCCACCAUCUCAUUCAGUUUCUAAGAAUAAUGUUUUCAUGCCAUCCAGUUUCUGUCAGUCACCAACCGGAAACUCCGACUCAGAACCUGAAGAGAAGACUGUGGGGUUUCGCCUGAAGCCCCCGACACUGAUCCAUGGCCAGGCGCCGAGCGCUGGUGUCCCCAGCCCCAAACCCAAAGAAGCCCAGCGCAGCAUUCUGCGACCUCCGGUGCUGCAGCCCCCUCCGGCCCGAACCCCCCCACAGAACAACAUGAGCAACAGCAGUUCAAACGGAGUGAAAAACCUCUCAGAUGGAGGAGCUGAAUGUGAACGUAACUCGGAGACGUCUGCUGCUGGCACACAGGAAAAUGACGUGUCAUCGAUAAAGAACAACAGUACUUUGGGGGAAAAAACAGAUGACAAACCUGAAGAACACGGUGCUCCGGUUGAGGCCGGUUUUGUAUUUGGACAGAAUAUGAGGGACCGAGCAAAGGUGGGUAACAGCUGGGACUCCUCUCAGAAUGCUGAUUGUCUUCUGGCAGAAAAUUCUGAGGAAACAAAUUACUUCUUGCAGUGCACCACUUCUAGUGCACAAAAACCUGACAACAGCAAUGCCAACAGUGUGAAGUUUGUCUUUGGGCAGAACAUGUUAGAUCGCGUCUUGACACUGCCGAAAUUCAGCGCAGAACUACCAGGGGGCAGCAGAGAGUUUCAGUCUGAAAUGGGCCUGUUCAGCCAGCUUUCCUCUUCACAAGAUCAAACCGUGGAGAAGAGUGACGACCUGAAAGAGUCUCUGGAGGAAUCCGCAGCACGACAUGAAGCGCACAAAUCCCAGAAGUGUUUAUUAGAGCGGGUGGAGGUCAGGACAGGAGAGGAGUCUGAGAGCAACGUGCUGCAGAUGCAGUGUAAGUUGUUUGUGUUUGAGAUGACGUCUCAGUCGUGGGUGGAGAGAGGAUGUGGAGUGCUGAGGCUAAAUGACAUGGCAUCAGCGGAUGACGGCACCUUACAGUCCAGACUGGUCAUGCGGACUCAAGGAAGCCUUCGAGUGAUCCUCAACACUAAGCUUUGGCCUCAGAUGCAGGUGGAUAAAGCCAGUGAGAAGAGUCUCAGAAUAACAGCCAUGGACACAGAGGAGCAGGGCGUCAAAGUCUUCCUUAUAUCUUCCAGCUCUAAGGACGCUGCCCAGCUCUUUGCAGCUCUGCAUCAUCGUAUACUGGCGCUGCGGAGCAUCAGCGGUCAGGAGUCUGAAGGCCAGCCGGCUCUCCCUGACGGAGAGGUCAUCCGCUUCAGCGACGACGAUGAGUCCCGCACGCCCCCCAAAGCCACUACGCCUGAUCUAGGUAUCCCAGAGGCUGGUGUGUGUACAUCCACAGGUGACACACAGUGCUGAGCCUGCUGCUGAUUUCUAUUCCACAAUGCCUCACUGCAGCCCUCUGAUCAGCUCAAAUACUAUGCAGGUGUUUUUCUCCAAACUCCUUCAGGUGUACUGUAGUCAUGUGUUCAGCUGGUUUUAUUUAUUGCAUUUUUAACAGCAAAAAAGGACUGCACACAUAACACUCUCAAUGUCAUCAUAUUGAUGAAAACGAGAGGCUCUUAGUGUUUUAGUAAACCGUCAAGAUUUUCCAUUCUAAAUAUGAUAACUCAUUUAUGUGAGACUUAAUUAUUCCAUCCCCCUCGAGUGGAAACAGAAGAGAGUGCACACAGAAACCAAACACGGAUGUGUGUUGUCCCAUCUCAGUUUCAGCUGCACUGUUAAAAUCAUCCCUCACUCCUCACUUUAGAUCUCAGAAGGAUUUCAGAUGAGUCAUGGGAUGCGUAAGCAGCAUUUAUUUUACUUUGUAGUUUGCUCAUAGAGUACAAUGUUAAAAGAGAGCUGCUCUUAUCCAAGUAGAGUUUAGUUAAGAGAGUUAUAUAAACAUUUCAGAAUCAGAAACGUUCAAAAUGCAGCUUUAAGUGGACCUCAUUUAUUACAUUAUUCAUAUUAUAUCAAAUUUGUUUAGUCACUUUAAAAGAAAAGUUUACCCAUAAAUGAAUAUUCUGCCGUGACUCUCUUGUCGUUUCAAAGCUGUAUGCUGUAAAAGUUUUUGAGGGUUCUGAAAAAUGAACAGAAUAUGGGUUUGGAAUGACAUGAGGGACAAUGUUCAUUUUCGGUGA